AUGGUGAACCCGGUGAGGGACCGGGAUCGGGAUCGGGAUCGGGAUCGGGAUCGGGAUCGGGAUCGGGAUCGGGAUCGGGAUCGGGAUCGGGAUCGGGAUCGGGAUCGGGAUGAGGACCGGGGCACAGCCGAGGGUCCCGUCCCCCAGCUGAGCUCCUCGCUCUCCCCCCAGCCCCGCGCGGCGCCCGCCGACGGCUUCGCCUCCUCAGACGACGAGGCCGCCGAGGAGGACUCGAGCCCGCUCCACAUCUCCUGGUUGUCUUUGUCUCCUCUCUACCCUUCCAAGUUCCUGGGAUUAUGCUCCCUUCCAGGUUGCAGAUUUAAGGAUGUCAGGAGGAAUCUCCAGAAGGAUGUAGGAGAACUGAAGAACUCUGGGAUCCAGGACAUAUUUGUGCUUUGUACCAGAGGAGAGCUCUCAAAAUACCGAGUGCCAAACCUGAUAGACACCUACCAACAGCACGGGAUGUGCGUGCACCACCAUCCCAUUCCUGAUGGGAACGCUCCUGACAUCGCCACGUGCUGCAAAAUCCUGGAAGAGCUCAGAAGCUGCCUGGAAAAUAACCGGAAAACAAUGAUACACUGUUACGGUGGCCUCGGGCGCUCCUGUCUCGUGGCUGCCUGUCUCCUGCUCCAGCUGUCGGACACGCUGGCACCUCAGCAGGUGAUAGAGAGCCUCAGGAACCUGAGGGGAUCCGGGGCCAUACAGACCAUCAAGCAGUACAAUUUCCUCCACGAGUUCCGGGAGAACUUGGCUGCACACCUGGCAACGACGGACACGGUGCCGAGAUCGGCAUCACGGUAGCUGGAGCUGCCCUGGGCAUCUCUGUGUCUGUGGAGCACACACGGAUUGGACACCUCUCC